AUGCCAGCCACUGUACGUGGUAGUCACCUUCCACCCUCGAAUAGAGUAAAAGUAUCUAGUUCUCUUAAAACUACUGAUAUCUGGAAGAAAAGUGUUGGUAAUAAUCCUUGUAGUUCUAAAAAUGAGGUGAAACGGAACAUAUUUGAUGCUCAUAAGGUUGAUAAAGGGAUGAAUACUAUUGCUAAAUUAACAGGAUCUAGUUUUGAUACUAUUCCGGGGGCAUGUAAUAAUUGUGGUCAAAUAGGACAUCUUUCUUACCAGUGUCGUAACAACUACACUUUAAAACGAGUAUUAGAGCAAUCUAAAAAUUCUCGAUGUACUUCAGAUGUAAAAUCAGGCAAACUAGGUGUAAAUCAUCGAAAUAAUAAGAAUAUUAAACAUUCUACUGAGAAGUGUCAAAAAUUAAAGAAAUAUGACACAAAUAUACAAGACUUUAAGGUAAAUUUAAACAUUGGAAUUCAUAUAUAUAGUUGUUAUUGA